AAUAGGGCCAAACUUUCUUUUUUUUUUAUCAGGUCAAUAAACCGUAACUCGCUCCGUAGUGCCUCACCGCGGCCGCUCUCGGACGUUACGUGACGUCGUUUCCUCUCUCCAACAUGGCGCAGGAGGCAGGUCGUUAACGGCAAUCCGAGGGAUUUACCCCAACCUUCUGUAUUUAUUCAUGUGUGUCUGUUAAGGGGCUCCCGUGGCUGACAUUUGCGGCGGAAUACAUCUCCCUUCGAGGCGGCUGCAGGCCUCCACCUUCACCGUCUCUCCCUCCCCGGCUCCCUGGGACCAGGCACACCUCGCUCCAGAUUCCGGUGCGACAUGUAUGAGGGCAAAAAGACGAAAAACAUGUUCCUCACACGAGCUUUGGAAAAGAUCCUGGCCGACAAGGAGGUGAAGAAGGCGCAUCACUCACAGCUGCGUAAAGCCUGCGAGGUGGCACUGGAGGAAAUUAAGGCGGAAUCAGAGAAAUUAAGCCCACCAAGUGGAGACGGCAAAUCUGGCUCCAGCACGCUACCGCCCAUCAAAUCCAAGACAAACUUCAUCGAGGCCGACAAGUACUUCUUGCCGUUUGAGCUAGCAUGUCAAUCCAAAUGUCCUCGCAUCGUCAUCACCUCACUCGACUGUUUACAGAAGCUGAUAGCCUACGGUCACCUGACGGGCAGCGCUCCGGACAGCACAGCACCAGGAAAGAAGCUCAUCGACAGGAUCAUCGAGACCAUCUGCGCGUGUUUUCAGGGACCGCAGACCGACGAGGGCGUGCAACUACAGAUCAUUAAGGCUCUGCUGACAGCAGUCACCUCCCAGCACAUAGAAAUCCACGAAGGCACCGUGCUGCAAGCCGUCCGCACCUGUUACAACAUCUACCUGGCGAGCAAGAACCUCAUCAACCAGACCACGGCGAAGGCCACGCUCACGCAGAUGCUCAACGUCAUCUUCGCACGCAUGGAGAACCAAGCACUUACAAAUCACAAGCUAUCUUGGUCUCUGGCCUCCAGAAAGCGUGACCGCCAGCUGCAGGAAGUCAAACAGCUGGAGAGAGAGCGGCACCGACAGCAAUCCCCUGUAGCCCAGCACACCGAGCCAGAAUCCCCGCAGCUCCAGACUCACGUUCACCCACCCGGCAAGGCCCCCGCCCAAGAGGCCAACGGACCCGUCAGCCCAGCGACCCCCAGCAUCGCCACGCCCUCCACGCCGUCCACCCCUUCCACGCCGGCCCCGGAGUCCAGCAGCAGCAGGUCUGCGUCCGGGGAGCGGGAGGAGCCGGGGGAGCCGGGGGAGCGGGGGGAGCGGCCUGCCCCCGACGAGAACCCAGAUCCUGAGAACGGUUCUGAGUUUUGUGUGGCUGAGAACGAGCAGACUGAGGCAGACCAAGCCACCGCAGCAGUACAAAAUGCAGCAUCUAAACAACAUGAAGGAGCAGGUGAAGAAGAGGACGAGGAAGCGCCUAACUAUGAGGAGAAAGCCCAGGAAAUUGUCCAGAGUAUUCUGCAGGAAGUGGUCAACACUGUGGCUGGAGUGUCUGCAGGCCACUGCCUGGACCCGGCGAACCUCUGCUCCGAUACCAAGGAGUCAGCCGCCGAGCCAGAGGAGUCCCCGCCGGCCGAGGCAGCUACUGAAGGCACCCAGAGCUCGAUGGAGGACGAGGGAACAGUGGGGAGCGACAGCGAGCACGUCCAUGCAAACGGCAUUCCCGGCACGCCUAUUUCUGCUAGCUUUACGCCCUCGUUGCCUGACGACAGAUUAUCCGUCUCCUCCACCGACACUCAGGAAUCGGGAGCAGCAGCUGGCCAGCCGCCAGGUGCCAAGUUCUCCCACAUCCUCCAGAAGGACGCUUUUCUGGUCUUUCGCUCUCUCUGCAAACUGUCGAUGAAACCACUAUCAGACGGACCGCCUGAUCCAAAGUCCCACGAGCUGCGAUCGAAGGUGUUGUCUCUGCAGCUGCUGCUGUCCAUCCUGCAGAAUGCCGGGCCCAUCUUCAAGACCAACGAGAUGUUCAUAAACGCCAUCAAGCAGUAUUUGUGCGUGGCGCUGUCCAAGAACGGCGUCUCCUCUGUGCCUGAAGUCUUUGAGCUCUCGCUCUCCAUCUUCCUUACCCUGCUCUCCCACUUCAAGACCCACCUCAAGAUGCAAAUCGAGGUGUUCUUCAAAGAGAUUUUCCUGUACAUACUUGAGACGUCCACAAGCUCUUAUGACCACAAGUGGAUGGUCAUCCAAACACUCACCAGAAUAUGUGCAGAUGCCCAAAGUGUGGUGGACAUCUAUGUGAACUACGACUGUGACUUGAAUGCUGCUAAUAUAUUUGAGCGCUUGGUCAAUGACCUCUCAAAAAUAGCCCAGGGCCGCGCAGGCCACGAACUCGGCACAACGCCCCAACAGGAGCUGACUCUGAGAAAGAAAGGCCUUGAAUGUCUAGUGUCCAUCCUAAAAUGUAUGGUGGAAUGGAGCAAAGACCAGUACGUCAACCCCAAUUCCCAGACCAGCCUAGGCCAGGAGAAACCUUCAGAGCAGGACAGCUCGGAGACCAAGGCCACAGAGAGCAUAAACCGCUACGGCAGCAUCAACUCCCUGGACUCCACGGCCUCGUCUGGCAUCGGUAGCUACAGCACACAGAUGUCCGGCACCGACAACCCAGAGCAGUUUGAGGUUCUCAAGCAGCAGAAGGAGAUCAUCGAACAGGGGAUUGACCUGUUCAACAAGAAACCAAAGAGAGGAAUCCAGUACCUUCAAGAGCAAGGCAUGCUGGGUACAACCCCAGAGGACCUUGCACAGUUCUUACACCAAGAGGAGAGGCUUGACUCGACUCAGGUGGGUGAAUUCCUCGGCGAUAACGACCGUUUCAAUAAAGAGGUCAUGUACGCCUACGUGGAUCAAAUGGACUUCCAGGGCAAAGACUUUGUUUCCGCUCUAAGGAUGUUCCUGGAGGGCUUCCGGCUCCCCGGCGAGGCCCAGAAAAUCGACCGGCUCAUGGAGAAAUUUGCAGCAAGAUACCUGGAAUGCAAUCAGGGACAAACUCUCUUUGCCAGUGCAGACACAGCAUAUGUUCUCGCCUACUCGAUCAUCAUGUUGACAACAGACCUCCACAGCCCGCAGGUGAAGAAUAAAAUGACAAAAGAGCAGUACAUCAAGAUGAACCGCGGCAUCAAUGACAGCAAGGACCUGCCUGAGGAGUAUCUCUCAGCCAUAUACGAUGAGAUCGCAGGGAAGAAGAUCGCCAUGAAGGAAACGAAAGAGCUCACCAUGAAGUCCAGCAAGCAAAGCGUGGCCAGCGAGAAGCAGAGGCGUCUGCUCUACAACGUGGAAAUGGAGCAGAUGGCCAAGACGGCCAAAGCUCUGAUGGAGGCCGUCAGCCACGUCCAGGCCCCGUUCACCAGCGCCACGCAUCUGGAGCACGUCCGGCCCAUGUUCAAGCUGGCGUGGACGCCCUUCCUGGCUGCCUUCAGCGUCGGCCUGCAGGACUGUGACGACACUGAAGUGGCCUCGCUGUGUCUCGAAGGAAUUCGCUGCGCCAUCAGGAUAGCGUGCAUCUUUUCCAUACAGCUGGAGAGGGACGCUUACGUUCAGGCUCUGGCCAGGUUCACCCUGCUGACGGCCAGCUCCGGCAUCGCAGAAAUGAAGCAGAAGAACAUCGACACCAUCAAGACCCUGAUCACCGUGGCACACACGGACGGCAACUACCUGGGCAACUCCUGGCAUGAGAUCAUGAAGUGCAUCAGUCAGCUGGAGCUGGCUCAGCUGAUUGGCACGGGGGUGAAGGCGCGCUACAUCUCAGGGACGGUGCGGGGGAAGGAGGGCUUCAUCACCAGCACCAAGGAGCAGAACAACGACGAGUACCUGGGUCUCGUCGGGGGAACAGUGGACCGUAAGCAGAUCGCCAGCAUUCAGGAGUCCAUUGGAGAGACGAGCUCCCAGAGCGUGGUAGUGGCUGUGGACAGGAUCUUCACAGGCUCCACCAGACUGGACGGUAACGCAAUAGUGGAUUUCGUGCGCUGGCUGUGUGCUGUGUCCAUGGAUGAGCUGGCCUCGCCCACACAUCCACGCAUGUUCAGCCUGCAAAAGAUCGUGGAGAUCUCCUACUACAACAUGGGCCGCAUCAGGCUGCAGUGGUCCAGGAUCUGGGAGGUGAUCGGAGACCACUUCAAUAAGGUUGGCUGCAAUCCCAACGAAGAUGUAGCGAUUUUUGCCGUCGAUUCUCUCAGGCAGCUGUCCAUGAAGUUCCUGGAGAAAGGGGAGCUGGCUAACUUCCGCUUCCAGAAGGACUUUCUGAGGCCGUUCGAGCACAUCAUGAAGAAGAACAGGUCUCCCACCAUCAGAGACAUGGUGGUGCGCUGCAUAGCUCAGAUGGUGAACUCCCAGGCUGCCAACAUCCGUUCAGGCUGGAAGAACAUCUUCUCGGUGUUCCACCUGGCGGCGUCCGACCAGGACGAGAGCAUCGUGGAGCUGGCCUUCCAGACCACCGGCCACAUCGUCACGAAUGUAUUCGAGAAGCACUUUGCAGCCACCAUCGACUCCUUCCAGGACGCCGUCAAGUGUCUCUCGGAGUUCGCCUGCAACGCCUCGUUCCCAGACACCAGCAUGGAAGCGAUCCGCCUCAUCCGCCACUGCGCCAAAUACGUCUCGGAGAGACCGCAGGCCUUCAAAGACUACACCAGUGACGACAUGAAUGUAGCCCCCGAGGACCGGGUGUGGGUGAGAGGCUGGUUCCCCAUCCUGUUUGAGCUCUCCUGCAUCAUCAACAGGUGCAAACUGGAUGUCAGGACCAGGGGCCUCACGGUGAUGUUCGAAGUGAUGAAGACCUAUGGGCAUACCUUCGAGAAACACUGGUGGCAGGACCUGUUCAGAAUCGUCUUCAGGAUCUUCGACAACAUGAAGCUACCGGAGCAGCAGACCGAGAAAGCAGAGUGGAUGACCACUACAUGCAACCAUGCACUUUACGCCAUCUGUGACGUUUUCACCCAAUACUUUGAGUCCCUCAACGGCCUCCUGUUGGAUGACAUCCUGGCUCAGCUCUACUGGUGUGUGCAGCAAGACAACGAGCAGCUGGCCCGUUCGGGCACCAACUGCCUAGAGAACGUGGUCAUCCUCAACGGGGAGAAGUUCUCCGCCGAGACCUGGGACAAGACGUGCAACUGCAUGCUGGACAUCUUCAAGACCACCAUCCCCCACGCGUUGUUGACGUGGCGACCGGCAGGAGCAGAAGGAGAGCACUUCGCAACACACAGCCUGACUGACAAACAGCUGGACUCCAUAUCCCAGAAGUCUGUGGACAUUCAGUCCCGCUCUGACGACCAGCACUCCAUCAGCAGCGGCGACAGGGCCACCGCCAUGGAGAGCCGCCGGCAGAGUCAGCACAGCUCGGCGUCGGGCGUCUUCGAGGACGGCUCGAGAAGCAGGACCUCAACGAAGAUCCAGGAGCAGCGCUUGUUCUCCGCCCUGCUCAUAAAGUGCGUCGUGCAGCUGGAGCUGAUCCAGACCAUCGAUAACAUCGUGUUUUUCCCCGCCACCAGUAAGAAGGAGGACGCGGAAAACUUUGCAGCUGCUCAGCGGGACGCCGGGUGUGCCGCGGACGUCCAAGUGGAGACGCAGGACCAGGGGAUGUUCCGCUAUCUGACCUCGGAGCAGCUCUUCAAGCUGCUGGACUGCCUGCUGGAGUCGCAUCGCUUCGCCAAGGCUUUCAACUCCAACAACGAGCAGAGAACGCUGCUGUGGAAAGCAGGUUUCAAAGGCAAGUCGAAGCCCAACCUGUUGAAGCAGGAGACCAGCAGCCUGGCGUGUGGGCUGCGCAUCCUGUUCCGCAUGUACACGGACGAGAGCCGACAGGACGCCUGGGAGGAGGUCCAGAGGCGGCUGCUCAACGUUUGCAGCGAGGCGGUGGCGUACUUCCUGGCUCUGACCUCGGAAAGCCACAGAGAGGCCUGGACCAACCUGCUGCUGCUCUUCCUCACCAAGGUGCUGAAGAUCAGCGACGAAAGGUUCAAGGCUCAUGCAUCCAGAUACUACCCCCUCCUGUGUGAGAUCAUGCAGUUUGACCUGAUCCCUGAACUGCGGGCCGUUCUCAGGAAGUUCUACCUGCGCAUCGGCCUCGUCUUUAACAUUGCACAGCUGCCUGAGCCCGAGCCGGACCCCGAGCCGAGGCGUGCGGAGCCAGAAACAGACAUGGAGGUGGGGGAGGAAGCCGGGGAGGAGGCCCAGUGAUGCUGCGCCCUCCUCCACCCCUCCGCCUACUACACAAACCAACCCACCGCAGAAAUGUGCGGUUGUGCUGCGCCUCCUCAGGGCCCCUCCUCAGGGCCCCCCCACCUCACCCGCUCUCCCUCUCUUCCUCCUGUUGUACGACAAACACUUUAACCUGAUUGGUUGGAGGGUGAAAGCCCCGCCCCAACACUCUUGACCCUCACAGACGGAGUCGUCUGCUUCAUCGUUAAAAAAACAAUAAUGUCUUGCACCGGGUGUAGCGACGCCUCCACUGGAUAAAACUACUGAUCAGCAACUGACAUGUACCCAUAUCUCUGAUCUACAUCUCAACACGUGUGCUUCUUACUGUGCGUUUAAAAAAAUAAAAAUAAAAAAUGAAGAAUGAAUGAUUUCAGCUACAUGCAAAAUACUCAGCAACUCUGAAAUUUCUCUCUCACACAUGGCUGACGAUCUCUCUGCACUGCGGACGGCUAACAUUAGCGUUGGUUAGUCUCUCGGAUGAAACUAGUUGUACAGAUCUGCCGCUGUGUAAAAUAAUCUUAUUAUAAUAAUAAUAAUAAUAACAACACUAGAUUUUGUUUAUUUUUCUCCUGGACUUUUUUUUUUUGUUGUUGUUGCACUUGAUCUUGUUUUUGUUCUGUUUUUUUUUUUUUUUUUUCGAAUGCACUGGAGAUUUUUCUUUUGUGAUAAUUUAUUUGACUGCACCACCUCCCCCUCCUGAUUGUCCAACACGGUAUGAUUUGUAAUUAAACAAGACUGUGGAAAGUGAAGGGUUAAAUUAUUUCCAUUUUUAUAUGUUCUUAAGUUUUUAACAAAAGACGUGACGAUAACUGGGCUUCUGGAGCCGGAAGACAAGGAAGCAAACUGAUGCUAGCUGCUUUAUGAAGUCUCUAUUCUAAUUUCUGUUUUCAUGUGAGUUUAGUUAUCGCUCUACUGUACAAAAAUCAGAAAACUUGAUAAUAUAUUUGGGUUGUUUUUUUGUUUUUUUGUUUUUUGGUUUGGGGAAGGAUAUAUGUAUAGAGAAAAUUACAAAUGUUAGCCGUGCUUUAAGUGUAAAUUGGAUGCAUUCCUGCUCAUGGAUGUAGAAAACUAAAUGUAUAUGAUACAGCAAUGUAAAGUUUUCUAUCUCGCAAAAGAUUAUGUACAACUUUCUGUACGAUACAUCAUCUGGCAUUCUAAUCAGGUUCUAGGUCAAUAAAGUUUUUGAACUUGGUUGAUUU